AUGACAGUUGCCACUGGAGAUCCCACAGAUGAAGCUUCAGCUUUGCCAGGUCACCCCCAAGACAGUUAUGACCCUGAACCCGAUCAUGAAUGUUGUGAGAGAGUUGUUAUUAACAUUUCAGGAUUGCGGUUUGAAACUCAGUUGAAAACCUUAUCUCAGUUCCCCGAAACAUUAUUGGGGGAUCCUAAAAAGAGGAUGAGAUAUUUUGAUCCCUUAAGAAAUGAAUAUUUUUUUGACAGAAACAGACCAAGUUUUGAUGCCAUCUUGUACUAUUACCAGUCUGGAGGCAGGUUAAGAAGACCUGUAAACGUGCCCUUGGAUAUCUUCUCAGAGGAAAUACGUUUCUAUGAACUUGGUGAGGAAGCCAUGGAGAUCUUUAGGGAGAUGAAGGAUUUAUUAAAGAAGAGGAACGCCCUUUGCCAGACAAUGAGUUCCAGAAGCAGGUCUGGCUGCUCUUUGAAUAUCCAGAAAGUUCUGGUCCAGCCAGGAUUAUUGCAAUUAUAUCAGUUAUGGUGAUAUUAAUCUCUAUUGUGAGUUUUUGCCUUGAAACACUGCCUGUUUUUAGAGAUGAAAGUGAGGAUAUGUCUAUGAGACCUGUAGAUUAUUACCCAUACCCGAACAGCACACAUCGAUACCAACAAUCAAACACCUUCACAGACCCUUUCUUUAUUGUUGAGACACUUUGCAUCAUAUGGUUCUCCUUUGAGUUUUUGGUUCGUUUUUUUUUGCCUGUCCAAGCAAAGCUGGAUUUUUUACUAACAUUAUGAACAUUAUUGACAUAGUGGCUAUAAUCCCUUACUUUAUAACACUGGGUACAGAACUGGCUGAAAAAACAGAAGACGGACAGCAGGGUCAGCAAGCAAUGUCUUUAGCAAUUCUUAGGGUAAUACGACUGGUUCGAGUAUUUAGGAUCUUCAAACUUUCUAGACAUUCAAAAGGCCUUCAGAUUUUGGGUCAGACACUGAAAGCUAGUAUGAGGGAGCUAGGCCUUCUUAUAUUUUUUCUCUUCAUUGGUGUAAUUCUUUUCUCCAGUGCUGUAUAUUUUGCAGAAGCUGAUGAGAGAGAAUCUCAGUUUCCCAGUAUCCCAGAUGCCUUCUGGUGGGCCGUGGUUUCCAUGACAACAGUAGGAUAUGGAGACAUGGUCCCUACAACAAUAGGUGGCAAAAUAGUAGGAUCUCUUUGUGCAAUUGCAGGCGUGUUAACCAUUGCCUUACCAGUUCCUGUCAUAGUCUCCAACUUCAAUUACUUCUAUCACAGAGAGACAGAGGGUGAGGAGCAAGCACAGUAUUUGCAAGUAACCAGCUGUCCAAAGAUCCCAUCUUCCCCUGACCUUCAAAAAAGUAGAAGUGCCUCCACUCUCAGUAAAUCUGACUACAUGGAGAUUCAAGAAGGAGUUAAUCAUAGUAAUGAAGAUUUUAGGGACAAGAACUUAAAAACUGCAAACUGCACCUUAGGAAAUACAAACUAUGUAAAUAUAACCAAAAUGCUGACUGACGUUUGA